UUUUGUUGUUGUUGUAUUGUUAACAAAGCAAGAAUAGAGAAUUAACUUCAACAUUCGAGCCACGGAUCGAACGAUCGAAGUAAUGAAGGAAGUCAUAACCACAGAACAUUUGAAGCAUCACCGCCUCGUUGCCAGGCAGAUCAGAGAGCUGCGCGAUCGUUGGAAUGAUUUGUACUCCUGGUAUCCGGAAGCACAGGGCCAACACUAUGCGCGCUAUGGCGAGGUCUACAAGGAGAGUCUGGACGAAUACGGCGAGGCGGAGUUCAAGAAAUACGCCCAAAUGCAUCGACUGCGUGGCGUGCACACGGCAGCCAUCGACGAGCCGAGGAAGGAGUCGCAUAAAAAGGUUUGCUGCUACCCUAUGCACUACAUGGAGGACAUCAGGCCGUCGGUGACCACAAAUGGAGAAUAUGGGCUUAUACCGCCGUCGCAUCAUCAUGCGUGUUUCGCUAGGAAAUUCAUAAAAAUACCAGAACGCGAGAGGUUCCAUUAGGUGUACGUUAAAAAGCAGAGAGAUCAAGAGAUUUACUUUGGAAUAUGUGAGAAUAUUCCAGCUCUUAACAUUUGGCAAAGCUAGCAGAUUUCAAAUGGAUUUCAUAUAUUUUAAAUGCACAAAAUAAACUUGGAACACAUUUUGUUAAUUUAAAA